AUGGGUACAGUUGGGUCUCCGUGCCGCGCGGAGGCGUGGUUCGUGCCUGGCAUGCAGGGCCACGGUGGCCGCGGAUCAAGCCGUUGGAGCACGUCGGCGUCACGCGCAACACCGACAUCCUCGGGACGCUUGGCUACUCCAAGGAGGACAGCGAGCAGGACUUCAGCAAUUGUCUGCGUUGCCCCACGAAAGGGCUGCGACGGCUUGCCAGCGGCCCUGAGAACGGCCAACGUGGCGACCGCGCCGCUGGAGACGUGCGAUUCUGCGGUGACGUCCUUGGGGGCCCGAGCGCAGGCUGCAUUCAGGGAUCUCUGGACGGAAGUGCCCGAAGCGAGGGCGUUCAAGCCGCCGAAGCAAGACGAUUUCGCGAGACUCCUUCUCAUUUCUGGCCAAGUGGGCCUGACGAAGACGGAAGGCAGUGAGCAGGGCUUCCGCAACCUGCGUGCCGUUGGCAUCAAGCAUGGUCGGGUACUGCUGGUGGCGGCCAGCAGUGCUGUAGUCUAG